CAGGGCAUCAAGGCAGGCACUGGAAUGACAACAUGAUGCUCCCACUUCUAAUUGCACUGCUCAUGGCUUCCAAGGGACAAGCCAAGGACGAGCAAGUUCUGUGUGGCCACAGACCUGCCUUCCCAAACUCAUCAUGGCUGCCAUUGCGGGAGCUGCUUGAGGUCCAGCAUGGUGAAUUCCCAUGGCAAGUGAGUAUCCAGAUGCUUGGGAAACACCUGUGUGGAGGCUCCAUCAUCCACCAGUGGUGGGUUCUGACAGCAGCACACUGCUUCCCGAGAACCCUAUUAGAACUGGUAGCAGUCAACGUCACUGUGGUCAUGGGAAUCAAGACUUUCAGUGACACCAACUUGGAGAGAAAACAAGUGGAGAAGAUCAUUGCUCACAGAGACUACAAACCGCCCCACCUUGACAGCGACCUCUGCCUGCUCCUACUUGCCACGCCAAUCCAAUUCAAUAAAGACAAAAUGCCCAUCUGCCUGCCACGGAGGGAGAACUCCUGGGACCGGUGCUGGAUGUCAGAGUGGGCAUAUACUCAUGGCCAUGGUUCAGCCAAAGGCUCAAACAUGCACCUGAAGAAGCUGAGGGUGGUUCAGAUUAGCUGGAGGACAUGUGCCAAGAGGGUGACUCAGCUCUCCAGGAACAUGCUUUGUGCCUGGAAGGAAGUGGGCACCAAUGGCAAGUGCCAGGGAGACAGCGGGGCACCCAUGGUCUGUGCUAACUGGGAGACUCGGAGACUCUUUCAAGUGGGUGUCUUCAGCUGGGGCAUAACUUCAGGAUCGAGGGGGAGGCCAGGCAUUUUUGUGUCUGUGGCUCAGUUUAUCCCAUGGAUCCUGGAGGAGACACAAAGGGAGGGACGAGCCCUUGCCCUCUCAAAAGCCUCAAAAAGUCUCUUGGCUCUCAGUCCAUGCUACCAUCCCAUAUUGCUAAGCUUGGGCUCUCAAAUACUGCUUGCUGCCAUAUUUUCUGGGGAUAAAUCAAAUUGCUAA